AUGGGCGGACUGGGACGCGCAAUAUCCCUGGGUUGCCCCCCGUCAAAUAUGACCGCAGGCGCGGGCGCCAGCGUGGGGAUAAUUUCCGCUGGUCUUGGCUGUUCCGCCGGAGGGGUUUUCGGCGCAGGCGCAGGCGCGGGAACCGCCAACCCUGGUGUUUCGAUGGUCGGCGCUGACAUCCCUCCAGGAGCAGGAUCCGCUGGAGCUGCUGCGCUCGGCGUGAGGCUAGCGCCUGGCGGAGUCAUCCCCGUGCUCAUCCGCCAAUCCCUCUGCAUCCAAUUCCUCCUGGACCCGUGGACGGCGCGCAUCCGCUGCGCCAGCGCGGGCGCGGAGCUCGCGCUGGGGUAUUCUUCCGCGGAGUUCGACCACCUGUCGCUCUGUCACCUUGUGGAUAGUCUCCCCCUGGCGGACUGGCUGCAGCUGGUUGCGCCGCUGGCGGCGGGGGACGAGUUAGGCGCCAAGUUCAACAUGAAUCUGGUGGGAAAAGGGCGCGCGUUCUGCGCGGAGGCUGCGGCAGGAGGGGGAGGGUCGGGCGGAAGCGGAAGCGGACUGGGAGGGACCGUUGGUGGAGGGAAAGCCGGACUGGGCGGUCAAAGGGGCGCGGGGGGAUCGGUGUGGGGAGAGCAGCAGCAGCAGCAGCAGCAAGCGCUGCAGCAGUCUCAGCACUCGCAGUCGCAGCAGCAGGCCCUGCUCCCGGGGAAAUCGACAACUCGUUUAGGCGCAACUCGUUUCAGCGGUGGCGUCGGCAACAGAAGCGGGCGGCUGAGCGGCGCAGCGGGGCUGUUCCCGCGGUCGGCGUCGACCACGGAUCAAGACCUGUCUCGCUCCGCCUCGUGCAAUGUUUUCGACGCCACGGACGACGAUUCCUCGUUCGACUCCGGCCCGGAGGACGGCAGCGGCAGAGGCGCGCGACAGGACUCCGCGUGGGAAGGCGGCCUGGGGAGAAUGCGGGGCAGUGGCGGGGACGUAGGGGCAGGAGGCGGCGGAGGAGGCGGAGGAGCGGGGGGAGGGGGAGGUAGAAUUAGUGGAGAUUUUCCGCGGGUGGGGAGUGCGGGAAGCUGGAAGGGGAUGGAGGUCGGGGGAGAGAUGGGGAUGGGGGCGGGGACGGGGCCUGGUGAGGAGGUGAUGCGGGAGAUUGCGGUGUGUGUGAAUCUGCAGUUUCUGGAGGUGGGCGGAGAGCGUGAGCUGGUGGCUACAGCUCAUGAGAUUCUUACCAAGUUUGGGACUGCAGUGGGGGGAGCAGGCGGGGGAGGGGGAGGGGGAUUGGGAGGGGGAUUGGGAGGGGGUCGGUAUUCCCCUAGUUGGCAGCAGACGCACACAGCAGCGCCUCCUUCGCGCCUGAGCAAGUGGCUCAGCCUGGACGUGGGGCUGGAAAAGGUGUCUCUGGAGGGGUUCGAUGCGGUGGAGGACGGUGACAAGGCUGCGGAGUACUAUGGUGCGACGUCCACGAGCAGGAGGGGCGUGAGAGGGGAGCGCGGAGGCAGAGACAGGAAGGCAGCUGUGGCUGUGGAUGGCCUGGGAGUGGGCGCGGGAGGGAAGAGCCAGUCAAGGUGGUCUCGUUUGGGAUCUGAUGGCAGCGGCACCAUAUCUCCCCCGCUGCUGUUCUCCUCUGCUCCCGAAGGCCCUCCUUGGUUGCCCAACCCUGCCCUCAGGGACCUGCUGGACCACGUGGGCACGGCCGUGUUUGCCAUGCGUCUGAGCACGUGCGAGAUCUCCCUCGCCUCCCCUGCCCUCGCCUCCCUGCUGGGUCGCCCCCUCUCCGCCAUCUCGGGCCGCUGCCUCGACGACUUCAUUCUCCCUGACGACCUGCAAGACUUCCAGGCCUGGGCAGCAGUGGUAUCAGAGGCAGCACAGGGCGGGCUGGCAGCGCUGGGACCUCCCGCAACCCACUCGCAGCCCUCUGCACCGCUCCACCAGUCGCCCCACGCCCACACCCACGCCCAGACUCAGCAGCAGGAGCUCUACCGAAAGGAGUUCCGCGUCUCCCUCCCCAACAGCAAGACCCGCCGCGUGCGCCUCUCCUGCUGCCUCCCCCCGCCCUCCUUCCCUUCCUCCUCCUCCGCCCCCUCGGCUUCUGCCUUGGCUCUGUCAUACUCCUCGUCGCUCUCCGCGCUGCUGCCCUCCGCCUCCUCGUCUUUCUCCUCGGCGUCGCUCAUCAGCCCUAUGGACGGUCUUCCUGCUGCUGCUGCUGGUACUGGCGGAGCUGGAGCUGCUGCUGCGGCAGCAGGGGGGUUGCUCAUGUGCUCGCUUGUGGAGUCUCCGCUGUCAGUGGCAAAGGAAUCAUCAUCAUCAUCGCCCAUGGACCAGCUCACUCUCACUUCCGACCCAGCUGUGGAGAAGGCUCGUAUGGUGGUGGAGUCGUUACCCGUGGGCGCAGUGUGGGUGCAGCAGAGGGAGGACGGGGGCGCGACGGUGCUGCUGAACGAGCGCCUGGAGACGCUCGUGGGGUACUCAAGAAGACACUUCACGUCCCUUGAAGCCACGUACACUGUGCUGUUCCGCGAUAAGGCCAUGGAGGCGAGGUCGAUGUUUGAGAGGGACAGGGCGAGUGGGCAGGUGGUGCCGCGCACGCAUGUGAUGGUGCGCAAGGAUGGCGAGCGGCGCUGGGUGGAGGUGGCGCGCAGCAUCUUCCCCGGAGGGGAGCUCUGGCUCGUCACCGAUGUCACUCACCGGCUGGUCCUGCAGGAGCGGUUCCGCCUGCUGUUUGAACUCUCCACUGACGGGUAUCUGCUGGUGGUGGACACGGGCAUCAGCGACUGCAACGACGCGGCCGUGCAGUGCCUGCGUCUGAGCGACCGCAGCGACCUCAUUGGCAAGCGCCUCGUGGAGCUCUCCCCGCCGCUGCAGCCCGACGGCCGGCGGUCGGAGGACAAGUACGAGGAGGUGCAUGCACUGGCUGCUGAACAGGGCCACACCAAGUUUGAGUGGGCGUACGCGGCAGGGGACGGGUCAACAGUGCUGAUGGAAGUAACACUCACACACGUGGUGCUGCAGGGGCAGCCCACACUGCUGGCCGUGUGGCACGACCUCACCGACAUCAAACUCCACGCCGCCGAGCUCCAGUCCGCGAAAGAAGCCGCAGAGAAAGCCAGCCAGGCUAAGAGCCAGUUCCUCGCGAACAUGAGCCACGAGAUUCGCACCCCCAUGAAUGGGGUGAUUGGGGUUGCGGAGCUGCUGCUGGGGACGGAUCUUACGGCGGAGCAACGGUCGUAUCUGGAGAUUAUCCGGUCGUCGGGGGAUAAUCUGCUGAGGAUUAUCUCGGAUAUUUUGGAUCUGAGCAAGAUUGAGUCGAGGAACCUGGCGCUGGAGUCUCUCGAAUUUGACUUGCACCAGCAGGUGACAGAAGCGUUGGCGCUGCUGGAGGUGGUGGCGAAGGACAAGGGGCUGUACCUGGAGGUGGAGGUGGAGGAGGGCGUGCCGCAGAUGGUGGUGGGCGAUGCAGUGCGGUUGAGGCAGGUGCUGCUGAACCUCAUCUCCAAUUCCAUCAAGUUCACGGAUACUGGCGGGAUCAGUGUGAACGUGCGUCUGGCGCUGCCAGCUGAAAUCACAUCAGUCAGGGCGAUUCUAGCAAAGCUACCCGCACCAGCACUCAACACCAGGGGGGCCGCCGCUGCCACUGCUGCCGCUGCUGCUGCCACAGCUACUGGUGCCACCAGCACUGGAACCAGCACCGGAGCUGGUGCAGCAGCCGCUGCUGGGAUGAGUCCUGCUUCUGCUGCUGCAGCUGCUGCUGCAGCUGCUGCUGCUGUAUCUGGUGCUUCUGGUGCUUCCAGUGCUGCUUCUGCUGCUACUACUGCACCCUCUCCUCUGGGGCUGCCGUCAGCAGGGGCAGGGUCCGCGCACGGGAGGGGCAAGGAGGGCGGUGGGGCAGCGGGAGGGGGAGGGGAGAGGGUGAUGGUGCGGUUUGAGGUGCGGGACACGGGCAUAGGCAUGGACGAUGCUGGCAAGAGCCGCCUCUUCCGCGCCUUCUCACAGGUCACCACCGCGGACAACUCCACGAGCCGCAAGUACGGCGGAACAGGCCUGGGCCUCGCAAUUUGCAAGUCGCUGUGCAACCUGAUGGGCGGGGACAUAGGGCUGGAGAGCAAGGUGGGGCAGGGGUCCGUGUUCUUCUUCUUUGUCAACCUGCUCGUGGUCCCGGACCAGCCGCGGGGCGGAGGCGCCGUGUCGUCGGAAGCAGAGUCGGCAGAAGAGGGGCUGCUGUGGCGCCACCUGCAGAACAUGCGCGUGCUGGUAGCAGAGGACAACAAGGUGAAUCAGAUGGUAGCAACGCGCAUGCUGCACAACCUGGGCAUCAAGUACGACCUCGUGGAGAACGGCCGCCUCGCGCUCAGCGCAUGCGAGGCGCGCAAAUACGAAGUCGUGCUCAUGGACUGCCACAUGCCAGAGAUGGAUGGCUUUGAGGCAACACAGAAGAUCCGAGAGAUGGAGGUGGAGAGAGUGCGGGCGUACAAGGAAGCCAAGGCCGCAGCCAAGCUCCUGCAGCAGCAGAACCCCGGGAACCCCCCGCCACGCCGCCACCUCCCGCGCCCGCACCGCACGUUCAUCAUCGCUCUUACCGCAAGCGCUCUUAGCGAGGACAAGGAGAAGUGCAUUGCUGCAGGCAUGGACCAUUAUUUAUCCAAGCCGAUCCGGCCGAGGGAUUUGGAGCGAGCGAUUAGAGAGAGUGUGGUGGCUUUGAAAGACUUGCAUGCAGAGGAAGGGGCAGCGGCGGCGGCGGGAGGGGGAGGCAGCACGAGCGCGUCUGCUGCUGCAGCGGCGGCGGCUGCGUCGCGGUCUCGGAAACGGAUGGCGAAACUGAGCCUGCAGCAGUCGCCCAAUGUGGAUGUGUGGAGCGAUAUGACCAGUGAUUCGGACAGUAGCGGGUUCUUCUCGGAUGCUUCCGUUUCGUCCGCGACUGUUAGGAGGUAUAAAGGGGGCGGCGGGGCAGGAGCAGUGGGGAGAGCGGGAGGGGCGCGGGAGCUUGGAGGGGAGGGGUACAGCAGUGGGGGGGGGAGCGGGGGGAGUGGGGGGGGACGGCAAAAGCCACCUUUGUCUUCUCCCAGGCGUAUGAGACCUGUACCUGAAGGGGCAGGUGCGGGAGCGGAUUCAGGGGGAGGUGGGGGCGGUGGUGGCAGUGGUGGUGGUAGGCCUGGGUCAGAUGGGGGAACCAGGGGCAACGUGCGAGGAGGGGGAGGACGAGGAGUGAAGGCGGAGAGUGAGGAAGAGGAGGAGGAGGAGGAGGAGGAGGAGGAGGAGGAGGAGGAGGAGGAGGAGGAGGAGGAGGAGGAGGAGGAGGAGGAGGAGGAGGAGGAGGAGGAGGAGGAGGAGGAGGAGGAGAAUAGGUGGAGUGAGGGGCGUAAGUCUCCAAAGGCUGUAGGGAGGGGCAGUGGCACGACUAGUGGUUCUGAAGGGCGGAAAGCGGUGCCGAAAGGUGGAGCAGGAGCAGGAGCAGGUGGGGCUGUGGGUGUGGGCAGAGGAAGUGGGAGAAGUGGUGCAGGUGGGGCAGGUGAGGCAGUAUCAGUGCCAGGAGCUCAAAGGCAAGGAUAUGAUAGACCAAUGUCGCCUCUCAGCCCCAGGAGACAGGGAGGAGGAGGAGCAGCAGCAGCUGGAACAGGAACAGGAGGCGGAUUUGAAGGGCCAUCAGGUCAGCUGAGCAGCAGCGGGCAAGGUGCAAGUGGUAGUGGUGGCAGGGGAAAGAGGCACCCAGUUAGUGGCGUGAGGGAAGGAGGUGGACCGAGGCCACCGCUGUCACCAAGAAGCAGAGCCGCUGGAUCCUCUGCUGCUUCUGCUGCCGCUCCUUCCCGUGCUGCUACCGCUGCCGCUGGUGGUGAUGGUGGUGGGGGUAGGGAGAGUGGCAGGGCGGGAUGGAAUGAGCAUGCGGAGGAGGCAGGGGAGGAGGAGCAGCUGUAUAUGGGGCAACAGGAUGGGGGGCUGACGAGUGACGAUGGCAGCACAGGCAGCGCCCCCACUAUGGAAGAAAUCUGGUCCAAGAUUAGUGGGGGCGGAGGAGGGGGAGGAGGCGGGGGAGGAGGAGGAGGAGGAGGAGGAGGAGGAGGAGGGGGAGGGGGAGGGGGAGGCUUGGGAGGAGGGCAAGGAAAGAAUAAUGCAGGAGGAGGAGGAGGGGGCGGUGGAGGAAGCACGGGGGGGUUUGCGGGUACAGGGCCGGGUGCGAGAGCAGGAGGAGCGGUGGCAGCGACACGUUCGCAAUCAGCCGUGGUUCCCAUGCUGGGAUUGUCCCCCACGUUCGCCCGCCCCUCCAGCCCUCCUCGGAUCAGUGCUGCUGCAGCGGACCCUGACUCGCCUCCCACCCGCCCCUCGCCUUCCCCCACCCGCCGACGCUCCCUGGGGGGCCCGGUUGGGCGGGGCAGCGCGGAGGGAGGGCUUGGAGGUGCGAGAAUGAUGAUGGAUGGUGGUGCUGCUGAUGGGUUUGCUUUCAGUUUCGGCUCCACCUCACCGGUUCCUCUCAGCCCGGAACGCGUGCACGCAUCAGCAUCAGCAGGAGCAGCAGGAGGAGGAGGAGUGGGAGCAGCAGGGAGUGGGCUUCAAGGGAAUGUGCCCCCAGGGUUAGCCUUUCCCAGCUCGCUGUCUGCAUCUGGAGUGGUUUCCAGCUCCUCUGGGGGCCUGCUGUCUAGCCCGCGCAUGGACUCGCGCCUGCCCCGCCCUGAGGACCACAGGCGGCGCAGGAGAGACAAGGGGGGCAUUGGCAUGGACGGGUUACACCUGGGCGCAGGGGGACCUGUGGCAGGGGCAGGAGGAGGAGAAGGAGGAGCGGACGGAGGAGGAGGAGGAGGAGGGGGAGGAGGAGGAGGGUCGGGAGGUGCGGUUGGGGGAGGAGGGGAUUCUCACGGCAGGUCUCCCUUGCGCUCUCCAGCCCGUGCCCGCCCCACAACACACCCAGCCUCUGUUGGUGGUGGUGCUGGUGGUGGGGGUAUGUCGGGGCAUGCAACUGGGAGUGAGGGGACUUCGGACAGAGAGCGAGAUCAUCCCCAGGGCCAUUCUUCUCAAACCCAUGCUCUCCCGCAUCCGCAUCCGCAUGUCUCGCACCACCAGCACUCGUCCAGCCUGCACGCAGGCGCCGGCGCUGCAAUCCCCCGCGGUCCCACGCACCAGGCGUCUGGCCUGCGCCGCUCCCUCACUCCCGAAGGCGGCGAGUACCCUGUGUCGUCUCUCCUCUCGCGCCUCACCAAUCUCACUGCUGGAGGGGACAGCCCAGGAGGAGGAGGUGGUGGUGGUGGUGGGCCGGGCAGGGGAGGUGGAGAGGGAGGGGUGGGAUCAAGGCACAUGCUAGCAGAGCCGUACGGGCAUGGGAGGCUGGGAGGAGGAGGGGGGAGCGGGGGCAGUGCAGGAGGAGGGGGAGCAGGGGGAGGAGGAGGGUUUGGUUAUGGGAUGGGGAUGGGUGGGGGGAUGGGGCCGGGGAGAGGCGGGGCAGGGAAUCCGUCCCCCUUGUGGCGUAGUGCCAGUUUGGAGCCGCCCAAAAGGCAGAUCCGCACGGGUGCCCAGCAGAAAGAAGCGCAGGAUCUGCGAAUGUGGAUCGACCGUGCUACGACGUCAAAGCUGGAUCUGUGGAUCGACCAGGUGCUGGGUGGGCGCAUAUCGCGCGCCAUCCAGGCGAUGAACCGCGUGACGGUGAUCGACGAGAAGGCUCUCAACGAGUGCCUCAACGAGAUCACGCGCGCGCUGCUGCAGGCCGACGUGUCGUUCAAGAUGGUCAUGGGUCUGCAGCAGAACAUCAAGCGGAUUGUGAAUCUCGAGGAGUUGGCAGCCGGGCAUAACAAGCGGAUCAUCAUUGAGAAGGCGAUAUUCAACGAGCUGUGCAACAUGCUGGACCCUAACACGACGCCGUACCAGCCCAAGAAGGGCAAGCCCAACAUCAUCAUGUUCGUCGGCCUGCAAGGGUCCGGAAAGACAACGACGUGUGGCAAGUACGCGCACUUCUACCAGCGCAAGGGGUGGAAGCCCGCGCUCAUCUGCGCGGAUACCUUCCGUGCGGGUGCCUUCGACCAGCUCAAGCAGAACGCCACCAAGGCCAAGAUCCCCUUCUACGGCAGCUACACGGAGACGGAUCCAGCGAAGAUAGCGCAGGAGGGAGUGGAGAUCAUGAAGAAGGAGGGGUGCGACCUGAUCAUCAUCGACACCAGUGGCCGCCACAAGCAGGAGGCAUCGCUCUUUGAGGAGAUGCGCCAAGUCUCCGAGCUCACGAGCCCCGACCUCGUGCUGUUUGUCAUGGACAGCAGCAUAGGCCAGGCGGCGUACGACCAGGCGCAGGCGUUCAAAGGAAGCGUGCCCGUGGGAGCGGUCAUCAUCACCAAGAUGGACGGCCACGCCAAGGGUGGUGGCGCCCUCAGCGCUGUGGCGGCCACCAAAUCGCCGGUGAUCUUCAUCGGCACGGGAGAGCAUAUAGACGAGUUUGAACAGUUCGAAACCAAGGCCUUCGUCAGCAGACUGCUGGGCAUGGGCGACUGGACGGGGUUCAUGGAUCGCAUUCAGGACGUGAUCCCCAUGGACCAGCAGCCGGAGCUGCUGCAGAAGCUGCAGGAGGGGCACUUCACGCUGCGCAUCAUGUACGAGCAGUUCCAGAACAUCCUCAAGCUGGGGCCGCUGGGACAGGUGAUGUCGAUGAUCCCAGGGUUCACCCAGGAGCUCAUGCCCAAGGGGCGCGAGAAGGAGAGCACAGCGCGGUUGAAGAAGUUCAUGACCAUCAUGGACUCCAUGACUGACCAUGAGGGGGUGGAGGGAGGGGGAAGAGAUGAGCUGGACAGCACGAACCCGAAGCUGUUUCACGACACAAAGCGCAUCAUCCGCGUGGCGAGAGGCUCAGGGCGGCACCCCCUGGAGGUGCAGGAGCUGCUGGAAGAAUACCGCAAGAUGGACAAGAUGUGGAGCAAGAUGAAGGGCCUCAAGAUGAUGGGCAUGAUGGGCCUCAGGCUGGACAGCACGAACCCGAAGCUGUUUCACGACACCAAGCGCAUCAUCCGCGUAGCCCGGGGCUCAGGGCGGCACCCCCUAGAAGUGCAGGAGCUGCUGGAAGAGUAUCGCAAGAUGGACAAGAUCUGGAGCAAGAUGAAGGGCCUCAAGAUGAUGGGCGGGGGAGGGAAGCGCGGUGGUUUGGGUGGCGACAUGGGUGCGGCUGCGAGGAAUAUGAACGCUGCUCAGAUGGCAAGGGCGCUGCCUCCGCAGAUGCUGCAGCAGAUGGGCGGGCUGAACGGGCUGCAGAACCUGAUGAAGCAGAUGAACUCGUCCGAGUUUGCGAAUAUUCUUGGUGGGAAGAUGGGCGGCAUGGGACAAUGA